CGUUUUGAUGCAAACUUUCCAACUACCACCAUCUUCAGCGUCUCUACUAAGCAAUUUCAUCCUUUGUUUUUUUCUCUCUGAUAAUCUCUGAUCGUCUUUUACUGCGUACAUAAUUCGUAAGACUGGUGCUUGCGUUUUUGCAUUCUUCUUCUUCAAUCUUCACAGAUUGUUGGGGGCAAUUUUCCCUUUGGAAUCCUCUCUGUAGUUGUGGUGUUAUCAAGCAAUAGAUCUUUGUUAAAUGGGGUCGGAAGGGCCUCCAUCGGUGACGAUUCAUGUAACAGGAUUCAAGAAGUUCCAUGGAGUUUCUGAGAAUCCAACAGAGACGAUAGUGAACAACCUGAAGAAGUAUAUGGAGAAGAAUGGUUUGGCAGAAGGUGUAACUCUUGGGAGUUGCAGCAUUCUUGAGACUGCUGGGGAUGGAGCUCUUGAUUCACUACUUAACAUGUUGCAAUCUGCAGUAGAGGAGAAGGGUUGUUCCGAACCUACUAGUAAUUCCAGAAGAAUCAUCUGGCUUCACUUGGGAGUUAAUAGUGGUGCCUCUAGGUUUGCUAUUGAACAUCAAGCCUAUAACGAAGCCACGUUCUGUUGUCCUGAUGAGUUGGGAUGGAAACCUAAGAGAGUUCCAAUCGUACCUGAGGACGGUCAAAUUUCACGAGUACGAGAGACUUCUCUUCCAGUGGAGGAAAUAACCAAGGCAUUGGCGAAGAAGGGAUAUGAAGUGAUGACUUCAAACGAUGCUGGUCGCUUUGUGUGCAAUUAUGUCUACUAUCAUUCCCUCCGCUGCGCCCAAGAGAAUGGCAUCAAAUCACUAUUUGUUCAUGUCCCUCUAUUCGAAACCAUAGAUGAAGACACCCAGAUGCAAUUUAUUGCUUCCUUGUUACAGGUUCUGGCAUCAAGCUAUUAGGCAACCAAUGUAUAGUAUUGGGGUGAUUCCUGCUUGUCAAGAUGCUUGAAUGAAAUAAAUAAUGAUAUGCUAUACAAGGGGGGCUAAUAUAUGUAGCCCGAAAAGGCAUUCAUAUGUUCUUUGUACUCAUUUCUGUCGAGAUCAACAACAUUUGGAACUGACCAUGCCUGUUUUAUGAAUGAAAUGUUGAGUUUGCCA